AUGCGAGCAACAGCAUAUUGUACUGCGGAGGCAUACAAUUUCUCCGAACUUCUUCCGCUGUUACAGCGCAACUACCUCCUCCUUCCCUUCAUCGCGGACGAUGUAUACCAUAUCCGACUGGUCAACCCUACAGAAGCUCCGGACGCGAAGCCUUCCGACUCCUCAGCGCACGAUGUGGAGGCUUUCAUUUUCCAGGACGGGACUUUUGCGACGUGGGGUGCCACGGAUGCUCAAAAUCGAGCAUUGAUGCAGUUCCUGAAGCAGGUGGAGGAGAACAGCUACAAGGCUCCCGAGACCGAAUGGUUUAACUACUGCAUCGACAUGAGCCAGACCGGCGGCCUUACGGCAGACACCAUCAUGAUCGGCAACAACGGUAUACCAGCCACUCAAUCUCGCCUUGCAUACUCAUCUGGUCUCGCCCGUUCGGUGAAGCUUGCUUCCUUGGAAGAGAUGCUCGACCAGCAUUUGGAAAAGAACAAGCGUAUCCCUCAGAUCCUUCUCCAAGGAAAGAAGCUUCCAUUAAGCAGCGCAAUAGUCCUGCAAAAUCUUGGCGAGCUGUUCCUCCUCCGUGGGCACCUGAAUCUCCACAGCGAACUCCUCGAUUCCCCCGACUUUUGCUGGUCAAGCGCUAAAAUGGAGGACAUAUUCGAGCGCACGUCGAGGAACCUCGACGUCCGCUCGCGGAUAUCCAUAUUCAACAAGAAACUUGACUAUGCGAACGAACUGACUGAAGUCAUUCGCAGUCAUCUCCAUACCCAACACUCGAUGGGUUUGGAGUGGGCCAUCGUCAUCCUCAUUAUGAUCGAGGUCGGCUUCCAGGUCUUCCACACAUAUAGGGACUGGGAUCGGCCCGGGCAUGCCGCACCUUCGGGUGAUGGCGUACUGUCCUCUCUCUCAUCGAGUGUGUACUCCAAUACGCGCCACUCGUCCGAUGGGGAGUUCCUUCCGGACGAUGCCGUAGAGGAACCGGCUUCGAAAGCGUCUUCGAAAGAAAGAAAAACGAGAGAGAGGGAGCGGGAGCGGGACGAAACUCACGCGCGAAAGGGAGCAGAGAGGGAAGGCGGUCUGAGACCUGCGUCUGCGUACUGA